AAUUGUGCAGGUGACUUGAUUUGUAACACAACGAGAAACCCUGAUUGCUCUGGAUGCCCUAAAGGUUAUGAUAAUAAUCGCAACAACUACCAAAGUCCGUGCUCUUCAUCAAGAAAUUUAAAUGAAAUACUGAAAGAAAAAUCUCGCGCCAAGUUUUUCAUCAUCAUAGGUUGUUGUGGUGGGUUUGUCUUGCUCCUACUUUUCCUUGGACCGUGCUUCUUGUACAAGUUCAUAAAAAGAAGGAAAGCAAUCAAGAUGAAGCAAAGAUUCUUUAAAAGAAAUGGUGGCUUGUUAUUAAAACAACGCUUGUCUUCCAAUAAUGCAAGUGAUAUUGGGCAAAUAAAUCUGUUUACUUCAAAGGAGUUGGAAAAGGCUACUGACAAUUAUAACACAAACCGAAUUCUUGGUCAGGGAGGACAAGGCACUGUUUACAAAGGAAUGUUGGCAGAAGGACGGAUAGUAGCAAUAAAAAGGCCCAAGAGGGUGGAUAAAAAGAAAGUUGAAGAGUUCGUUAAUGAGGUGGUAAUUUUGUCAAAAAUUGAUCACAGAAAUGUGGUACAAUUAUUAGGAUCUUGCUUGGAGACAGAAGUGCCUCUCUUAGUCUUUGAGUUCAUUCCUAAUGGAACUCUUUAUCAGCAUAUUCAUCACCAAAAUGAAGCGUUUCCAAUCACAUGGGAAAUGCGCUUCCGCAUUGCUGUAGAGAUAUCAAGUGCACUAUCGUAUCUACAUUCAGCUGCUUCAGUACAGAUCUAUCACCGAGACAUCAAGUCAACAAACAUACUUUUGGAUGACAAAUAUAGAGCAAAAGUUUCAGAUUUUGGAUCUUCAAGGUCUAUUACAUUUGACGAAACUCAUUUGACAACUCAAGUGCAGGGAACUUUUGGAUAUUUGGAUCCAGAGUAUUUUCAGUCAAGCCAAUUUACAGAGAAAAGUGAUGUUUACAGCUUUGGAGUAGUUCUCACUGAGCUUCUAACUGGUGAAAAGCCAAUUCGUUCAACCGAUUCUGGAGAAGAGAAAAGUUUAGUGGCAUAUUUUCUUUGUGCAAUGAAAGAAAAUCGUCUCUUUGAAAUCCUUGAUGAUCGAGUUUUGAAAGAGGGUGACAGGGAAGAGAUAUUAAAGGUUGCUACUAUCGCAAGCAGAUGUUUGAGCCCCAAUGGAAAGAAGAGACCAACAAUGAUUGAAGUAGCAAUCCAAUUAGCAGGGAUUAUGAAAGCAUCAAGCCCAGCUUUAGUUCUCCAACAAAACCAUGAAGAGACUGAUUGUGGUGACAUGACCAGUCACUUUACAACUAGUUCAUCCUUUUGCUCUGUAUCAUCAAGUGAUACUGUUAAUUUUCCAAAUUGAUGUCAGUUCUCAGAUUUCAAAAUACUACUGAGUGAAAGAGAAAAAAUGUUAUCUGAUGUUUGUUGUUAGGUAAAAUUGUGAGAGGUGUAUUUUUUUUUUUAAAUUGCGUCAACUAAUUUUAUUGUUA